GGCACUUUGGUGCAGGACUCCGACUCCGGCCCAGCUCACACCAGCUGGCGUCUGCUUCUACCUCGGAUUGGAAGAAAGACGCCCAAUGCAUAAAAUGCCUAUCAAACCUAGAAAAGCGUCCAAAAGUCCAGCAAUACUCAGUCAUGAGUUUUUCAUUCAAAAUCACCCGGACAUCGUGUCCUGUAUCGCGAUGGUGUUUAUCAUUGGUCUGAUGAUCCAGGCUACAUCAUCUCUGGCUUUCACCUUCAUCGGAAUCCACCACAAUGUCACACAGUCACCAGAGUUCCAAGAUCCCAAUGAUGGGCCUUUGGAUGUUUUGUACACCUAUGGUAUCAAGGAUCUUUGCACAAUUUUCUACUACUGCCUUAUCUGCAUUAUUAUGCAUGCCAUCCUCCAGGAAUACUUCCUCGACAAAGUCACCAAGAAGUUGCACCUUUCCAAGGCCAAGCACAGCAAGUUUAAUGAAUCUGGUCAACUUUUGGUUUUCUACCUCAUUUCUAUUGUUUGGGGUAUUGACAUCAUCUUAAGGCAAAACCUGUUGCUCAAUGUCACUUCUCUCUGGGAAGGAUAUCCUCACUCCACUAUGAUGUUCACUUUUAAGUUCUAUUUUAUUGUGCAACUCUCAUAUUGGGUGCACUGCUUCCCUGAGUUAUACUUCCAGAAGGUUAAGCGUGAGGAGAUGUCCGAACACAUUCAGACCGCUACCUUGGGCAUUGUUGCUAUUUCUGCCAUUUAUCUGUUGAACCUAAACCGAGUUGGUAUUUGCUUGUUGACCCUCCACUACAUGUCUGAAGCUUUGUACCAUGUUGCUCGUAUUGUAGAUUAUCUUGACAAAGAUGAUAAUGGUUCCAAAGGUACCCACAUGGCUUCUAACAGUAUGUUCGUCUUAGUUCGUCUGGGCUCAAUAAUUUUGUCUGUCCUUACCUUCUGGUAUGGCCUUGCUCUAAGUGACAACCAGAUUAUUAAUGUGGCAGAGGGGAACUUCAACACUAAGACUGUCAGGUUGAGUGUUCUUGCUAGCAUUUGUGCUAUUCAAGCGUAUUUCAUGUGGAACUUCAUCACGGAACAGCUUCAGCAAAUGCGUGAACAAAAAGCACUUGAUGCUUCCAGCAAGCCAAAGGCGAAAAUCGAUAAGAAGACUGUGAAGAAAAUUAAGAAAGAAGAAAAAAGAGAAGAUGAUGAUUUGCCUGAAGUGGACCAAAACACUAAGAAAACUUUAAGGACAAGAGCAGCCGCUAAGGCUAAGUAAUUGAUGCUUCCAUCCCUGUAUUUUCAUUUAUUUAUAAAAGACUUGAUCAGUUUCUAACUGGCAUUUUUGAGAUUAAAUGGUGUUUUUAAUAUUGUU